GAAAAAGAACAAGACUGAUUUUAGUGGACGUGGAUAGAAUAUAAUAUAUUCCAAUUAGUUAUUUAUCAUAUGUAUGUAAUAUAAGAUAAGAUAAUAUAGAAUGGUCUACUGAGUUGAAGCUGGCGCAUGACACACGGCACACGACAGGUAGCUGGCAAAAAAAAUAGACCAAUAGAAAGAAUUAUAGCCGCGUUGGAGCCAAAAACUUCAGGGCAGCUGAACUAACACCACCGUCCGCAGAGUCAGCGACAUUGCCAACCGUCAUUGCCAUAGUCUCGACUCUCAUGUGUGUCUGUUUGUAUGAUAUCAGCAGUAGUGGGUCGCCGUCGUCAGCGUAACCAUCGUGCUUGACACGUACCCAAACUUGUAUUUCAACUGUAAAGCGCAUUCUUAUCUAAAGCUGCCGUAAAAUGCGGCGUCCCAACAUCAAGUGGAUUAUUAAAUCCGCUUUUCUCAUACUCUUCUCGUUAAUGCUGUUUGUGCUCAUCACCAGCUGGAUCUCCUCCACACCAUAUACGAACAAGCCCAUACAUCAUGGCAUACAACCUGAGCCGCUGCAGCGCUCCAAAACUAUUUUUAAGUCACUGGGUAUAAAGGAAUCAGCACAGAUGGCAGUGCCGGAAAUCAGAAAGCGGCAUCAUAGCGCGGAAAAUCAAGCGCCAGUUCAAGAGCAAGAGCCCGAGGAACCUGAGGCGGAGCCUGAAGCUGAUAAUGAAGUUGAUAAUGAAGACAAUGUAGCAGAGCAGCAGCCAGAUAUGCAAAUGGCAGCGCCUAAUGAUGAGAAGAAGGAUUGGCAUGAUUAUACGGCAAUGGAGCGUGAUGCCAAACGUGUGGGCAUUGGUGAGCAGGGCAAGGCAGCCAAGCUGGAGGAUGAGAACGUGCGUGAGCAAGAGCGCACCAUGUCGCUGGAGAAUGGUUUCAAUGCUUUGCUCUCAGACUCCAUAUCCGUGAAUCGUUCACUGCCGGACAUCAGACACAAAGCUUGCCACAAGCAGCAGUAUCUGAGCAAGUUGCCCACUGUAGCCGUCGUCAUCAUCUAUUACAAUGAGUAUUUAUCUGUGCUGAUGCGCUCUGUGCAUAGCUUAAUCAAUCGCUCGCCGCCAGAGCUGCUCAAGGAGAUUAUACUCGUCGAUGACUAUAGUGAUCGGGCAUAUCUUUUCAAGCCCUUGGAGGAUUAUAUUAAGGAGCAUUUUAAAAUUGUGCGCGUUGUGCGCUUGUCUCAUCGCACGGGUUUGAUUGGUGCACGCUCUGCCGGCGCACGCAAUGCCACUGCCGAGGUGCUCAUCUUUUUGGAUUCCCACGUGGAAGCAAACUACAACUGGCUGCCACCACUGCUGGAUCCCAUAGCAAAGAACAAACGCACUGCUGUGUGUCCCUUCAUAGAUGUUAUAGACCACACCAACUUUAAUUAUCGCGCACAGGAUGAGGGCGCUAGAGGUGGCUUCGAUUGGGAGUUUUACUACAAGCGCCUGCCACUGUUGCCUGAUGACUUGGCGCAUCCAGCGCGUCCAUUUAAGAGUCCUAUUAUGGCAGGCGGACUGUUUGCCAUCUCUGCAGAGUUCUUCUGGGAGCUGGGCGGCUACGACGAGGGUCUGGAUAUUUGGGGAGGCGAGCAAUAUGAGCUGAGCUUUAAGAUCUGGAUGUGUGGCGGUGAAAUGUAUGAUGCGCCCUGCUCCAGAGUGGGCCAUAUCUAUCGUGGACCACGCAAGCAUCAGCCCAGUCCACGCAAAGGAGAUUAUUUGCACAAGAACUACAAGCGCGUUGCGGAGGUCUGGAUGGAUGAGUAUAAGAACUAUUUGUACAAGAAAGGCGACGGUUUAUACGACCGCGUUGAUGCUGGAGAUCUGACUGCCCAAAAGGCCAUACGCACUAAGCUCAAGUGCAAGUCCUUCAAGUGGUUCAUGGAAAAUGUUGCCUUUGAUUUGAUGAAAGUCUAUCCGCCUGUGGAUCCGCCGGAUUAUGCCAGUGGUGCCAUACAGAAUAUGGGAGAUCCUACGCAGUGCAUCGAUACGCUGGGACGCACGCGUCACAAUCGCAUUGGCUUGUACCACUGUGCGGAUAACUUGGUGCUGCCACAGCAGUCGCAGUUCUGGGCGCUCAGUUGGAAGCGUGACUUGCGAUUGCGGAGGAAAAAGGAUUGCCUGGAUGUGCAGCUGUGGGAUGCGGAUGCGCCUGUUUGGCUGUGGGAUUGUCAUGGUCAGCAGGGUAACCAGUAUUGGUACUACGACUACCACAGACGCCUGAUCAAGCAUGGCAAGGAGGGCAAACGGUGCAUGGAGAUGCUGCCGUUGAACAAGGAGCUGGUGGUGAAUGCCUGCGACGAGAGCAAUCGCUUUAUGAAGUGGACCUUUGGCUUUAUCAACAAGACGGCGCUGGAUAAUUACAGCACGGAUUUGGAGCUUCCCCUAACGUUAUAGCUUGAAGCUGUAACUUAAACACUUGCCAUGUACUUAAGCCGCAAUUUCCAAGUCUAAGAAUAUAUUUGAUGUAGUUUUAUGUACAUAACUUCCUUUAGGUAUAAGCGUAUAAAACGGACACAUGCGCACAUUCCAUGCUAGCUAUUAAAAACGUGGCUGAUUUGUAUGUUUGUGUUAGAAAAUAAGUUUU